GGUCAGCGUUCUCGAAAAGUCACUGCCAAAAGUAAAGUAAAACGUCACUAACGAAAUCCUAGUAAUUAACUGGAGUAGCUGGUUAGGAAAAUUCGUAUAUCGCUAAAUAACAGCUGAUUCAAGAUAAGAAGGUCAUCGUAUCGCGAAGUGAGAGGUUUAGAGAAAUCAGUACCUUGGAUCUGACGUAAACUGGCGACUGGUUAAUCUAGGCCGUGGGAAAUAGUCUAGAACGUAAAAGUUUUCGAUGUAACAGAUGUUUCUUGUGAGAGAUGUCACAAAUUAACAUCAAGGAGUUGUUUGACGAGAGCAGAUUUCCAAGCGGUUGGAAACUUGUCGCUCUUUUUCUCUACACACCACUUGGCAUAGUUCUUGUCCUACUUCGUCUACUAAUCGGGCUUCAGCUCUGGUUGUUUGCGUCCCUUUUACCGGACUGUGAUACUCUCCGAACAUGCUUGAACCACGGUUUAACUCUUACUUUUGGAAUCAUAGUCAGAGUGGAUAUGACCGGAGAGGAAAGGGACAAGAAGUCAAGGAUUAUAGUUGCAAACAAUGUCUCUGCUUUGGAUCACUUUGCACUUCGAAGAAAUGCAGAGACUGUUACUCCCAGCCUUUGGGAGCUACCGAAUGCUCUAAGUCAUGCAAUGGGUUUGCAAGAGAUGAACAUGAAUAGCAAAGAUGCACUGAUAGCAAACAUAAAGCACUUUUUAUCUUCAUCGGGCUACAACAUCGCUCUUCAGCCUGAAUUUGGCUCCACCAAUAGCCGCGUAGCUCUUCUCAAGUUCAACUCUUGGCCUUUCAGCAUUCAGUCUUCUAUUCAGCCCGUAGUUAUCAAAACACAAAGGCCUGAGUUUGUCGGUGUCAAGCUAACUUCCGUCGCCUCAACAUGGUGGAUGGAUGUGUUCUGGUUUAUGUUUGUACCAUAUACCAUAUUCACUUUGAGAUAUCUGAAAGUGAAGAGAAACAUGGACUCCGAGGUACUGGCGCGCGAAGUUGAGCGUGAGAUCGCUGACACUCUUGGUAUCCAAACUAGUAAUCACACAGUUUCCGACAAAACUGAAUAUGAGAAACGCUACGUCCUGGAGAGGACUAGAAGUGGCACUCUACAAGGUGGUAGAACCAUGCCCAAUGCCCAUAUCGUCGCCAAUGCUGAGAUGAGGAGAAUGGCACAUCAAGUCAGCGAAGUCUUUCCCUUGGUACCUUACAAUGUGAUAAUUAGAGAUUUACUUAAAACAAGGAGCGUGGAUGUCACUAUAUCCAACAUCCUCGAAGGCAUAGUAACUUACGUGCCAGAGCCAGCGCCAACUAACAGUGCAUCCACUGCAUCUGUAAGCAGAAUACAAUCAAACGAACCGAAAAGUGGAAGUUCGAGCGGAACUUUAUCGUUCCAGGAAAGAAAAGCAAAGAUGAUAGCUGAGGCAAGAGAAAGGUACAUCCAAAAGCAUGGGUUACCAAAUUGCUGACACUCUUGCUACCAUUAUUAUUACUGUUAUGAUUACCAUUAUUAUUGCUACUACGACUUCUAUUAUUAUUAUUAUACAUUAUUAUACUUAUAAAUAAUUUAACUGUAUAUGAAUUUUUCCGCUGCAUCUAUUCAUGUCAUAAUAAUACAAUCUUGUUUUUAAAUUAUAAUCUUACGAUUGUGGGACGAUACCAUACACUGCAGGAGUAGAAGGUAUAAAUAUAGGCACAGUAUAUACUUAUAACUCCUACGUAUGUAUAGAUAUAUACAUAUUUAUGUAUAUAUUAAGGAAGACUAGUUCAAUUUGUAACGAGUAGCAAUACAUAUUCUAUAUUCUAUACUUUAUGUUAACAUUAAUUAUUUCUAAACGCAUACAUGUAUGUUAAAUCGGAGUAGCUCAUAAAAGUUGUAAUUCUGGAGAAUCUGAAAAAUUCAGCCCAAUUAUAAUGAAAUUGAGGUUUGUGUGAAUGUGAAGUUUUUUUUACAUAAUACAUCUGUGAAACAGAAGAAAGAUGGUCCUUUCAAAAUGUUUUGAAAUUUCAACACCUGAAAUUUUUUCAACACGCUUUAUAAUUUAGGUGACAAAUUUCAUGGUAAAAUAGCCUGGGGAAGAAGAAAUGCAAUUUUGGUUCUGCAAGGCAUGGAAGAAUAAAGAUGAAUUACGAAUUUCA